AUGACUAUAACAUUAACGAUCCUGGAUCCUCUGAGCGAAGAGUUCAAGUCCGAUUCUCAAAUCUCAACGAUAGAUUUCUCCGAAAGUUUCGCAAAUUGGAUCGACAAAGAGAAUUUCGAAGUGUCCUCGAUCCAAGAAGAGACUAAUCCGAAGAGGAUCUACAAAACAGAUUGCAGAUUAUCUCUCCCCUUCCCCAAUCAAAAAAUCAAAGAAGAAGUCCAUUUAGAAUGCGACCACUGUCGUCGCAAGUUCCUGAAGAAGAGCAACUUAACGGAGCACCUGAAGAAGCACAGACACAGGUGUCCCGAUUGCCCAAGAACCUUUAGACUCCGUCGGUAUCUAGCCUCCCACGUGGAGAAGAUUCAUCGACGCCAAGUGUACGACUGCAGUGUCUGCGAGUAUAAAAGCAACAACAAAGGAACCCUGAAGAACCACUACAUAAGAUUACACACAAGCAACUAUAACUUCUCCUGCGACGUUUGUGGUAAGCAGUUCAAGAUCAAGAAAGCUCUGAACCACCAUGUGAAGCAGAACCAUAGCGACUCGCCUCCCAUCGUGUGCGACGUGUGUGGACACUUCAGCAAGAACCUUCAUGCGUUGAAGGCGCACAUGAAAUACAGGCACUAUAAGCCAGAGUUCAUCUGUAGGAUUUGUAGAAGAGGUAUGACCACUCAGGAGAACCUCGAGCAACAUUUAACGUGGCACGAGACUAGGGAAAAGGUCCUCUGCCCUACCUGCGGGAAGAGGUUUCGUGGAAGGGAUCUGGAUUCUCAUAUGAGGGUGCACACAGGGGUUAAACCUUUUCCUUGUCCAGUUUGCGGGAAGUCUUUCAGGAGGCAGACUGCUCAGGAGCAGCAUGUACUUAUUCAUACAGGGAAGAGACCGUACGUCUGUGACAUAUGUGGACAGGCUUUCGCGCAGAAACCUGGGCUUAUCUGUCACAGGAAGAGACAUCCUGGUCCUCUGCCUCCGCUUCCUGUCGUGUCGAUCAAGAAUAUUGUUACGGAGUUCACUAAGGAGUAUACUAUGAAGAAUACUAUGAUUAAGAUUGAAUGA